CGCAGCGAGCAGCGUACAGUACAUCGCAGCGAGACGCCGGGCUAUCAGUAGCGCUCUCAAGCUUGUCUGUGCUUGAGGUUCUAUAGUCUCUGGAAACAUCGGAGCUGUUCAGAUUUGAAAGAUGAACCAAACCGCCACUGUUUCCCAGCCGUGCCGAAGUCAUUCCUCUGGCGACUUGAAGGAUCUUGUAGACCCAGGUCCAGACAGAAACUGGAAGGGCAUUGCCAUCUCCCUUUUGGUCAUUGUGGUGGUCCUCUCUCUCAUCGGACUGGCCAUUGUCCUGCUUUCCAAAGAUGAUAAUUCCAAAUCUCUUGGAACCAAACUGACGCUGGACGACCUGUUUGAGAAAGACUUCCAGGUGCAUGACCCGGAUGCAAAAUGGAUAAACGAUGAAGAAAUUGUUCUCAGGACCAGAGAUGGGGAUGUUCUGAAAACAAAUAUUCAGAGCAAUCAGACCGAGCUCCUUUUGAAGAACACCACUUUCGCAACAUUUAAGGCCUCAAAGUUUUUGGUCUCUCCAGACUUCAACUUUGUGCUGCUGGGCUACGAUGUGAAACAGGUUUUCCGGUACUCUUUCCUGGCAUCAUACUUGAUAUACAACCUGCAUACCAGGGAGGUGCAGGAGCUGAAUCCUCCAGAGGUGGCCAAUUCGGUUCUUCAGUUUGCAUCCUGGGGGAUUCGGGGCCAACAGCUGGUUUACAUCUUUGAAAACAACAUUUACUACCAGCCAGAUAUCAAAGGAAGUUCCCUGAGACUGACCUCGUCCGGACAAGAGGGAGCCAUUUUUAACGGCAUUGCCGACUGGCUGUAUGAAGAGGAGCUGCUCCACUCCCAUGUUGCCCACUGGUGGGCCCCAAAUGGGGACAGGCUGGCCUUCCUGUCCAUCGAAGACACCCUGGUCCCCAAAAUGUUCCUUCCCCGCUUCACUGGUACCCUCUACCCCCGAGGAGAGCAGUACCCUUACCCAAAGGCGGGACAGCGUAACCCUGCAGUCAAGCUCUACGUGGUUAAUUUAGAUGGAGCAUCGCAAACAACGGAACUGCUACCUCCAAGCAGCUUUGAGAAAAGUGAGUAUUACAUCGCCAUGGUGAAGUGGGCCACUAGCCAGACGCUUGCAGUACGGUGGUUGAACCGGGCUCAGAACAUCUCCAUUCUAACAUUGUGUGAUGCCACCAGUGGGGACUGUGUCAAGAAACAUGUGAUGACAUCAGAUACAUGGCUUGACAGACAGGAGGAAGAGCCAGUGUUUUCCAAGGACGGGGGCAGAUUCUUCCUAGCACUACCGAUUAAGCAUGGGGGACAGGGAUCCUUCCACCACCUGGCCAUGCUGUCCGAUCAGGCUGAGCGAGAGGAGGUCAACAUCCGUCAUUUGACCUCAGGGAACUGGGAGGUGACCCAGAUCUCGGCAUAUGAUGAGGGAACCAACUCUGUAUAUUUUCUCAGCACUGAAGAGGGAUUGACUCAAAGACAGCUCUACAGGGUGUCAACCGUUGACCCAUUUCACCGAGAGUGCCUCACCUGCAAUGUGAACCAACACCAGUGUACUUUCUACAGCGCAGACUUCAGUCCCAGCACCCAGCAUGUUCUGCUCAACUGCAAAGGUCCCGGUAUUCCAAAAACAACAGUCCACAUUCUGAGUGAUCUAAGCAGUAACCUGACUUUGGAAGAAAACAGAGAGCUCAGAGAGGCCUUGAAGUACAGACAAACCCCACGGAAAGAGAAACGAACUCUCCAUGUGAAUAACUAUGUAUUCCCCAUGGAAAUAUAUUUUCCAGUGCAUUUUGAUGAAGCAAAUCAGUACCCUCUCCUUCUCAUUGUUGAUGGCGCCCCCGGAGGCCAGUCGGUGAACGACCGCUUUCGGCUGGACUGGGACUCUGUUCUGGUCAGUUCGGAUAGUGUGAUCGUGGCCCGGCUGGACGGCAGGGGGAGCGGGUUUCAGGGCCAGAGGGUUCUGCAGGCGAUCCACCAGCGGCUGGGGACCGUGGACGUGCAGGACCAGAUCGCAGCUGUCGAGUCUCUAGGCCGGCUACCCUACGUAGAUGAGAAUAGAGUUGCUGUUUAUGGAAAGGCGUACGGAGGCUUUCUGACCUCUCUGCUCCUCCUCUCACCGGCCACCUUGUUCAGGUGCGGGGUUGCCGUGGCGCCGGUAACAGACUGGAGACUCUAUGGCUCAGCCUUCACAGAGCGAUAUUUUGGGUUCCCCCUGAAAGAAGAUCGCAAAUACCAAAUCUCCAGUCUUCUACACAAUAUCACUGGGUCAAGCUAUCACAAAUUUCUCAUCAUCCAUGGAACUGCUGAUGCCACCAUUCAUUUCCAGCAUUCGGCUGAGCUUGUAAAACUGCUGUCAAUUGCACAUGUGAACUAUACAUUACAGAUCUUCCCAGACGAAGGACACAACAUAGUUUCCCUCAGGAGCAGACAUUACCUGUUGCAUUCUAUCAUAACCUUCUUCAGGGAGUGCUUUUCAGAAAGGUAUCCCCCAACUGUCAAAGAGGAGGAUUAGGACUGAGCUAGACUCAAAUCCUUUAGUUAAGAACGUGUUCUAGCACCUUCUUUGAAAGAGGCCACAACAGUGACAAGAACAUCUGCUGACACUGAAGGAACCACUUGUAUUAUGAAGAGGAGAUGUACAUGUAUGUAUGCUUCAGGUAAUUUUGCUUAUUUUUCAAGCCUGUAUGGCCAGUCAAGUGUAAGAAUUAGAAUUAUGGAGAAGUAAAAAGAAAAAAAACAGGAAGGUGUUCAAUCUUCCUGUGUAGUGCCGUGCUGGUUGCCAUGGCAAAAUGAAUGAAGGACUGUGGGCUUGUGGGGUUUCUCUUUUGAAUAACCCAUUUCUCAGUAGAUAUUGAUAAAUGCUCUCAUAUUACUUGUAAUUAAAUUUAGAUAAUACCAGAGUUACCCGAAGAGGCAAAUGUAUUUUUUAGAUGCUCGUUAACUCUUUCUUUACUGUGCUGUGAUUAUGACAUAUUAUGAGCAGGUCACAUACUUGGUCCUAUAUUGAUCAAACAGAAAAACACAGUUAAUAAUUGCGUCCCAA